GCUCCAUGUCCCGUCGAUUUACUCAACAUUCCCGUCAUCUUCCAUUCUAAAGUUCACAUCUCCGUGACAGGCACCGGUUCCAUACCCCUAAUUCUUCAACACCCCAAGCCGAAAGCGAAAACCACUUAUCGAACAUGGCUGAAGUCGCCACAAGGCCCGACGCGGCCACGACAGCUGCCGACGACACGCAAUCCAACGCGCAGGAGCUCGCCCUCACAACCAUCAGCAGCGAGGUUGCGCCGCCAACAGAGAAGAAGGUGAAGAAGAUCAUCAGGCGGAAAAAGCGCCCGGCGCGGCCGCAGAUCGACCCAGCCUUGGUCAAAUCAGAGCCACCGCCACAGACGGGUACCGUGUUCAACAUUUGGUACAACAAAUGGUCUGGCGGCGACCGGGAAGACAAAUAUCUAUCGCAAACACAUGCCAAGGGGAGAUGCAAUGUUGCGUUGGACUCGGGAUUCACGCGCGCUGAUUCGCGACCGGGCUCGUACUUCUGUUUGUUCUUCGCCAGGGGGAUAUGUCCGAAGGGCCAAGACUGCGAGUAUCUUCACCGGCUGCCCGGCCUUCACGACAUCUUCAACCCGAACGUCGACUGCUUCGGCCGCGACAAGUUCAGCGACUACCGGGAUGACAUGGGCGGCGUCGGCAGCUUCACUCGCCAAAACCGGACGAUUUACGUGGGCCGGAUUCAUGUCACAGAUGACAUCGAAGAGAUUGUGGCUCGUCACUUUGCUGAGUGGGGGCAGAUCGAGCGCAUCCGCGUGCUCAAUACCAGGGGGGUCGCCUUCAUAACCUACACCAAUGAGGCGAAUGCCCAGUUCGCGAAGGAGGCGAUGGCUCAUCAGUCUCUCGAUCACAACGAGGUUUUGAACGUCCGGUGGGCGACAGCGGAUCCCAACCCGAUGGCGCAGAAACGUGAGGCGCGGCGGAUUGAGGAGCAAGCGGCAGAGGCCAUCCGAAAGGCGUUGCCAGCCGACUUUGUCGCCGAGAUCGAGGGCAAGGAUCCAGAGGCACGGAAACGGCGGAAGCUGGAAAGCAGUUAUGGCCUCGAAGGGUACGAGGCGCCAGAUGAGGUGCACUUCGCGCGGGGACCGAAUGCGGUCAACCCGAGGGGUCGGGAAGGCUAUGAGCUUGAGCACCAACAGCGGCUCAUGCUUGGAGCAGCGGAAGUUCAAAUCGCGGAGGAACAGCCGCAAAGACAGGGUGAGCCGCAGACAGGGGGGAUUCUCUCAAGCAGCACACUGGCGGUUCUCCAGGCAGCCCAGGUGGCUGUCUCUUCAAAACCGAAGACAACUGCUCCCUCUGGGCCUUUAGUAGCCUAUGGUAGCGACGAUGAUAGUAGUUAGAACUUCGGGAGACGGCUGUUGUAUGGUAUGUGCAACACUAAUUACUGCCCCUCGGCAAGGGGUAACGCAGUUCAUUCAUCCAAAAACACC